GGCAUGGGGAGCCGGGAGCGGGGCGGGCGCUGCUGCUAGCGGGGAGCUCGGCUCCGAGCGACGCCCCCACCGUCCCUCCCUCCCCGCGUCUUCUGCACAGCCGGGCGGCCUCCCAGCCUGGCCUGGGCUAUGUGCGUUCCAAGCGUCUUUUCCACUAGCGUUUGCAAAUGAAAAUGGAGGAAAUGUCUUUGUCUGGCCUGGAUAACAGCAAGCUGGAGGCCAUCGCUCACGAGAUUUACACGGACCUGGUUGAAGACGCCUGCCUGGGGCUCUGCUUCGAGGUGCAUCGGGCAGUCAAGUGUGGUUACUUCUUCCUGGACGACACGGACCCCGACAGCAUGAAGGAUUUCGAAAUCGUGGACCAGCCCGGUGUGGAUAUCUUCGGCCAGGUCUACAACCAGUGGAAGAACAAGGAGUGCGUGUGUCCCAACUGCAGCCGCAGCAUCGCUGCCUCCCGCUUUGCCCCCCACCUGGAGAAGUGCCUGGGGAUGGGCCGGAACAGCAGCCGGAUAGCCAACAGGAGGAUCGCCAGCAGCAACAACAUGAACAAAUCCGAGAGCGACCAAGAGGACAACGACGACAUCAACGAUAACGACUGGUCCUACGGCUCGGAGAAGAAAGCAAAGAAGAGGAAAUCCGAUAAGAACCCCAACUCGCCCCGGAGAUCGAAAUCCUUAAAACACAAAAAUGGGGAGCUCAGCGGGAACUCGGAUCCCUUUAAGUACAGCAACUCCUCUGGAAUCAACUACGAAACGCUGGGUCCCGAGGAGCUUCGCUUGUUGCUCACCACGCAAUGUGGAGUGAUCUCUGAACACACCAAGAAGAUGUGCACCAGGUCUCUGCGCUGCCCCCAGCAUACAGACGAGCAGCGGAGGUCAGUCAGGGUCUACCUCCUUGGACCCUCUGCCUCGCUCCCAGAAGCAGAGGGCAGUGUGGAAAAUGAGGGCUUUGACGUGUCGGAGAGCCAGGCCAUCAUGAGCCGGCUGCAGUGGGACGGCUCCUCGGACAUCUCACCCUCCGACUCGGCCUCCUCGAAAGCAAGUACGAACAACUCGGAGUCGCGUAAAACCAAAAAGAAGAAGCCGCACCUGAGCCUGGUGGGGGGCACGCCGGGGCUCAGCUCCAGCAAGAAGAAGAAACCCAAACCGCCUGCGCCCCCCACCCCUAGCAUCUACGAUGACAUCAACUGAGGGGCGGGCGGCGGCCCCUGCACCGGGCCUGUCCUGACUCUGAUCACACCCGGGGGAGCCAGGCGAUGCCUCUUACCCCCUGCGCUGUUGACUGACGAGAGAGGACCCGUCUCCGGGAAUCGGACUGCGUGGAUGCAGGGGGCACCUGUCUCCAGGAGGGGGUGCUGUGGAGCUGGAGGACGUCACUGCCUGUGGGGAUUGGGGGGCAUGGCUGACAUGUCCUUUCCCCCAUGUCUAUUUAUUCUAUAAUAAUUUUUUUUUCUUUUUUUUACUGGAUGUCCAAUCAUGACUAUACGGUGACGUCUGUCGCUUGGCAACACUAGAGACGGGUGUGUGUGGGGGGACUCAGCGGAUACCACCCUGGGCCUUGAAGGGAGGCACCAGAGGGGGGGGGUGCAGGAUCCAGGGCGUGCCAGCCCUGCAGCCUCCCUGCCUGCUCUCCCCGACAAGCUGAAAAGUCGGGGGAUCUGAGGGGAGGAAAAGGCCCCAAGUCUUGUCCCUUCAGAGCCACCUCCUCCAGGGAGCCGGGUGCUGGCCUCUGAGGAUGAGCUUGUACAAGGGUCAAUGCCAGGGGCCCAGGGCCUCUGCUUUCAGGGCAACACAGGCCUUCCCUUUUACUUCUGUCUUGUGACUUCUGGCUGGGCCUUGAUUUGGCAUCUGGGAGGACGGGUGUUUCCUCCUUCCUUCUGCCCCCAGGUAGGGAGAGGGCUGGCUGGUGCCAGGUCAGCGCGCCAGAGCGGAGGGGGUGAUCUGAUGGCUCUGCUGUGGCCCGCUGUCCUCGCAGGGCGGUGGCCGUGUGCCAGCCUUGCUCUGUGCAGGUGCUUGCUGGUCGGGCAGGCCCCAGAGCGGGCACCUGUCAGGGUGCUGUGUGAGGACUGCGGGGUACAGGGAGGCUGGAUGGUAACACACAUUCCUGUGGGGUUCCCCUCAGCCGGCUGUACCUCCUGACAUGGGGAAGUGCCCUGGCUGGGCUUGCGGCUGCUUGGCUCCGUGGUGUUGCUGGCACUUGUUCUGCCAUCUCUGUCUGGGGGGGUGAGGCUGCUGUGCUGUAGAGAUGUACACGCCUGCUGUGGGGCAGGGGGUCCCAUCACCCUGCUCUGCUUUGCCUAGUGUUGCCCUGGGACUCUGGUCAUACCCUGUGAUUGGAGAGAGCUGCUGGCUGGGGAAGUGUUGGGACCCUCCUGCCGCUGCUACAGUGGAAGGUGGCAGUGGGGCCCGUGACACAUCCUUGCUGGGCUCUUUGCUGGGCCAGUGUUCUCGCUCCCCGCACGGCACCGGUCUCUGAGCAGCAAGGCUGGUGCUGGAAUGAUUCACUGCUUUAAAAACAAACCGGGGGGAAUCCCCAACUGGGGGAGAGCUUAGCCCCCUCCCCCUUCCCUGCCUUCCAUCUCCCCUCCCCUUGAGCUUUUGGAAGGGACGAGUGAGUGUCCACUGAAUCACAUUGCUUGGGCUGCUCUUUGCUAGAGACAAGCUCCUUCCCCUGCACACUCUGAAUGUGCUAAGCGUGGCCCAGGCCCCAUUUUCGGGGCAGGACCCCCCCCUUCCCCCCCCCAGGGCACAUGGUGCUUCCUGCUGACUUGGAAAACUGAAUGCUUCAAUUUUGGAGGUGUCUUUAUUUUCCUCUCAUCGCUGGGUGGCCCCUCUGGGCUUCUGAUCUUCCUGGGGCUUCUUGUCACCAGGAACCAGACCCUGAGUGGGCUUCUCCUGUUGGUCUUGUGGGUUUUCUGUCUGUCUUGAAUUUUCCAUCUCUGCAACUCUCAGCCAGCUGGGCCGUGCCGCCUGUGUGUGCAGAGGAAAACUCCCAGGGGACGGAGACCCGAGCUGGCUCCUUUUGUUUCUUCUAGGCCUUUCUGUGAUUUUUUUGUUGUUGCGGUCGGGGGAAGAAUUGAAGUGGUGGUUGGCUUCUGAGCCUUUUGCUAAUGGUGACAAGCGGUGGUGCGGGCCUGCUCGCAGAGAACCUCUCUGUCCUGCAGGCGGCAGCGUGCGUCUGACGCUCCCUGGACGUACGUGUGUG